AUGCCGAACAAAAACGGUAGUCGAGUGUUUCUUGAUGUUGUUGCUGAUAAUGAAUUCAUUGGACGAUUGUUAUACGAUGACAUAUGUCCAAAAACAUGCGAGAACUUUCGAACAUUGUGUACUAAUGAGAAAGGUUUCGGUUAUAAGGAAUGUGUAUUUUAUCGAGUAAUCCCAGGUUUUUGUGCCUGUAGUGGUGAUUUCGAAACGAAUAACGAAGAUCGAACAGGUGGACGAUCAAUUUUUGGCGAGAAAUAUUUCGAAGACGAAAAUUUCGAAAUAGAACAUAACGCCCGAGGAAUUUUGUCGAUGGACAACUAUGGUUGGCCGAAUACAAACAGUUCAAGAUUUUUUAUCACUUUUGACGAGACACCUUGGUUAGAUGAAUACCAUGUGGCAUUUGGCAAAUUAGUCGAUGGGUGGGAAGUGCUUGAUAAAAUUGAAUCAUAUGGAACUAUUAAAGGUUAUGGUGUUCAAAAAGGUGAGACAACGGCCGUAAUAAAAAUUUCUGAUUGUGGAGAAUUGAAAUAA